UUGCUGUAUACUGUGACGUUCUAAAUGUGGGGGCGGUAACUUGAUAGCUAGCAAUCUAGUUAGCUCCUGUCUGACUUGUUUUCAAUUUAUUAAGAUGUAUAAUGUAUUAUUCUGUGUGAGUGGGUUGCUAAUUGCAAACAAUGCGGAUGAAUCGCCUAACUUUACUCAUCAAGCUAACUAACCAUGCGAUAGUGUGUACGCUAGGCUAGACAAUGUAGUUCGAACGUUAUGUUUGUUGCUCUAUCUGGCAGUGGCUACUGUGUACGCUAGUACUGUUAGUUGAGCUAAAACGCAUCUACAGUAGUUAGCAAUACGUGAUUAAUAGUCUUGUAGGCUAUGUCAGGAUGCAGUUGAUGCAGUUUCGGAUAAUAUUUAGUCCUUGUGCAAGCAGCUGUAGACAGCUUGCAAAUAUUACCCAUUUAAGUGCCUUAUAAUUCUGUCUUACAAAAUGAGUCCAGUCAAAGGUGACUAUCAGGAAAUAAGACCCGUGUCUUUGCGUCUUUUAGAAGAGAAUGUCACCUCCAGUCUAUACUGUGGGACUGUCAAGGGGAUGGAAGAUCAAGUUUUACUGGAAGCCUUCUUGGUAGAAGUCUACCGCUGUCGAGUGUGUCAGUUCAGUACUGGUCUGAAAGCCAAUAUCAACGCACACUUUUUGAAUGGACAUGAAUUGGGAGCCUCCAGUUGCACCGUUCUCUCAUGUAUGAAAAAGGAUGAAGGGGACAGUCUUCGUAUGGACGUUGGAAUAGGGGUUGACGGAGAGGACAGUGAGAUUGAUCAAAAUGGCUCUCCCUUCAAUUUAGAAGAUGAUUUGCAUCCUUCUUCCAAGGAUGGUGACAACCAUAUUAAUCAUAUGGGAUUGGAUCGCAUUUCUUUUCUCCUGCCAAUGUAUGACAUGCUGCCCAACAUAAGCCCACGGUCAUGUGAUAUGGGACUUGACUCCAACUCAGAUGGAAGCCUACAUGUUGCACAGACUUGUGAGGUUAGCACUCUGUUUGUUGAGGAACAACAGGAUAAGGAUGAAGAUGACAAGGACUGCAUGUUUGAAUUGGAGGCCAAUGCCUCAGUCAAUCUGUCCUGUCCAAUGGGCUCGGUAGUGAAUGACACCGGGAACCAGGAUGAGGAAAUGGCCCAGUCGGCUCACUUAAUGACCCUAGGACUGUGUCGUAUCUCUACAGCCAAGACCCUUCCAAGCCAAGCAGAGACCCUAAACACAAAGCUGUCCUCAAUCCCAGUCUGUCAAAAGAGCUCCACUCAGGAUGAUAAGAUUCCUAAGAAGCCCCCUCUACAGCAUCUGCUCCCCAAGCAGUGGAGGUCAGGCAGGGGGAAACCACUUUCAUGCAUUUUUUGCAAUGCAAGACUGACCUCCAAACGUUUGAUUAAGGUCCAUCAGAAAUCCCCUAAAGGAGACAAGGGUUUCAAGUGUCUGUGGUGUAGGUGGAGGGUGAGCAGGUGGAGGGAGAUGGAGCUCCACCGGAGGGGUCAUGGGAGGAGGAGAUGGUGGGAGAGCCGUUCCAGGCCCUACAGUUGCCAGAUCUGUUCCCAGACAUUCCGAAGCAUUCAAUCCCUUGAUGCCCACAAACAAAAGCACAGUCAAGGAUGCUUCAUGUGCCUGCAUUGUGACUACAGUGGUAGGUCCUGGGGAAGGCUACACAAACACAUUGUCUUAAAGCAUAAGAGCAUCGUGGACAAUAAGAUGGAUGUCUCAGAUGAAUGUAACUCAAAGACCUACACGCAACGUGAAAUCACUUAUCUUGAGGACCUGGCUGAAGGGGCUAAGUCUGAGAAGUCUUCUCACUUAAGAAAAACUAAGAUGAAGCUGACCAGGGGAAAGAAGAAUGCAGAGGGGGAAGAAAAGAAUAUGCAACGAAAAGAAAAACAGUCAACAAAGAGUAAAGAGUUUUGCUGUGCCCUCUGUGAUAGGACGUUCUCCACAAAGCUUACGAUGCGUCGCCACAUGGGAAUCCAUCAGGGCUACAAACCAUUCGAGUGCCCACACUGCCAGUACAGUACCCGCCUCAAGGCCUCCCUGGUACAACACCUACGAGUUCAUACAGGAGAGAAGCCCUACAAAUGCCCCCAGUGUCCGUAUGCUUCCAUUGAUAGCAGUUCUCUACUCAGGCACUCUCGAACACAUACUCAGGAGAAGCCCUACCACUGCCAGUACUGCCCUUACAGCAGCAUUCAGAAGAAAAGCUUGGACCUGCAUGCCCGUCGUCAUCACACGGGCCAGUCUUUCCCCUGCCACCUGUGCCAGUACUCCAGCCCAGACCGACAACUACUUGUACGCCACCUGCGCAAGUACCACACUACAGAGCAACCCCCCAGUACUGGAACAGCAGUCACCUGAAGGUGCCUUGAUCUGGCAUCUUACUAAACAAGAUUAUUGCUACGUGAAAUGAAUGACUUUCUUACUUAAGACUUUUUCAGACCUU